GGGAACUACAAGCGCACGGUGAAGCGCAUCGACGACGGGCACCGGCUCUGCAAUGACCUCAUGAACUGCGUGCACGAGCGGGCCAAGAUCGAGAAGUCCUACGCCCAGCAGCUCACCGACUGGUCCAAGCGGUGGAGGCAGCUCAUCGAGAAAGGUCCCCAGUACGGCAGCCUGGAGAAGGCAUGGGGUGCCAUCAUGACGGAAGCGGACAAGGUGAGCGAGCUGCACCAGGAGGUGAAGAACAGUCUGCUGAACGACGACUGCGAGAAGUUCGAGAAGGUCAAGAACUGGCAGAAGGACGCCUACCACAAGCAGAUCAUGGGAGGCUUCAAGGAGGCCAAGGAGGCUGAGGACGGCUUCCGGAAAGCCCAGAAGCCCUGGGCCAAGAAGCUCAAGGAGCUGGAGACAGCCAAGAAAGCCUACCACCUGGCAUGCAAGGAGGAGAAGCUGGCAAUGACCCGGGAAGCCAACAGCAAGGCGGAGCAGUCCAACACCCCCGAGCAACAGAAGAAGCUCCAGGACAAAGUGGAAAAGUGCAAGCAAGACGUGCAAAAGACUCAGGAGAAGUACGAGAAGGUGCUGGAUGAGCUGAACAAGUGCACCCCGCAGUACAUCGAGAGCAUGGAGCAGGUCUUUGAGCAGUGCCAGCAGUUUGAGGAGAAGAGGCUCAACUUCCUCAAGGAAGUGCUCCUGGACAUCAAGAGGCACCUGAACCUGGCCGAGAGCAGCAGCUACGCCAACGUCUACCGGGAGCUGGAGCAGACCAUCCGCCUCUCGGACGCGCAAGAGGAUCUCCGGUGGUUCCGCAGCACCAGCGGCCCCGGGAUGCCCAUGAACUGGCCCCAGUUCGAGGUGAGGCUGGGCACCCCG